GAAGCAGAAGCUCGCCGGAAAGCCCAACAAGAUUGUCCACAAGUUAAUGAACAUCCACCACGGGAUUUUGGUGACGGCAGUUACCUUAUCAAAGAUUGGAGUCACUCACACAGAGCUUUACUUAGUAUAAUUGUCAAACAAGUACAAGCUAUCUGUUGGGCUCUAGUUUUGGGAAAAAUACUAGAGUUCACCUACAAUAAGAACCGUCCCAUUGCUCAACACAAAUUUCUGGAUAUAGAUAGUUUUGCUGAAAAGGUCAAAUUGAAACCAGGUGAGCUUAUCGCUCAGAAGAAGUUGGAUACCGAUGAUAUGGCUGUUGGUUCUCUGAGGAACGCAAUGGACCAUAUCUUCCUUAAAGGAAUCGAAAAAAUUGAUGGAAGAAAGAAGGGUGGAGCAGGUAAGGCCUAUGCCAUUAAAGGUAGGUUUGUUGGUGUACAAAAUUCAACUGCCGAAGAUAUAGUCAGGAAGGUGGACAUAGGUCUUGUAGGUUUAACAGUUGAUAUAGAUGAGGGUCUUAGGACACUUAAGAAGGGAAUCUACAGGGUACCUAAGCCACAAGUUGGAGCACUCAAACAUGCACUUACAAUUGUUGGGUAUGGGAUGACUAAAGAGGAUGAGUUGUUUUUUCUUGUGCAA